CUUGCUGUUAACGCUGGGAUAUUGAGACCCGACGCGUCGCCAACGCUUGUACCCAGAACUCAUGGGUUAACAGAUUCUUUCUAGAAGAAACAGCCACUCAGUGUUCCAAUGAACAACCGCAAGGAAGAUAUGGAAAUUGCAUCGCACUACCGGCAACUAUUGCGUGAACUUAAUGAGCAGAGGCAGCACGGUAUCUUGUGUGAUGCAUGUGUGGUUGUGGAGGGUAAGAUCUUUAAGGCACACAAGAAUGUGCUGCUGGGCAGCAGCCGGUACUUUAAGACUUUAUACUGCCAGGUCAAGAAGGGCACAGAGCAGCAGGCUACCAUUACACACCUGGAUAUUGUGACAGCACAGGGCUUUAAGACCAUACUGGACUUCAUGUACUCAGCACAUCUGGCCCUCACAAGCAAGAAUGUUAUUGAAGUAAUGUCAGCUGCUAGCUACCUUCAGAUGACAGACAUUGUACAGGCAUGCCAUGGCUUUAUCAGAGCAGCUCUUGACAUCAGCAUUCGUUCUGAGUUGAUAGACAUGGAGCUGACUAACAUUGAGAUUGGUGGCAUGGCUGGCACAGGUACUGUAGGAGCAGCAUCAGAGGCACUGGUCUCCAUGAUCUCAGCCCGCAGCUCCUCGCCUUGGUUGGUGCGUCGUACCAGUCCUGCCAACUCAUCCGGUGACUCAGCCAUUGCAAGUUGCCAUGAAAGUGGUAGCACCUACAGCAAGGAGGAGCAUGAGCCAAAAUGUCAUGAGGACCCAUGGCCGACUGAAUACCAAUCCCUUCAAGUUAAAGAAGAGCAGGCAUCGCCAUCCAAUGUUCAGGAUGUGGCUGGGCAAGCACAGUGUACACCUGCAGAUCAAGGCAAUGGAAGCGAUAGGGGGUGGCAAGCACUGGGUUCAGGACGCAGAAAGAAUCGUAAGAACAAGGACACGGUCAGGCACAUCAUGCAAAAGAUUGAGGGCAACAGUCGGGGAGGAUCACCAAUGCCUUCCAUGAUUUCUGCGUCCAACUGGAGCUACAACAACCCAAUUGACAUUUCAGGAGCAGAUGAAGCCGAGCUCAGUUCAGACAGCCGAGGAGAAAAAAUGGACUUAUUCUUGAAGCAGGAAGAAUCUCUGGCUGGGGAACCAGGCUUUCAUGGCUCCACACCGGCCAGUGAUAGGGAAGAGGCAGUUGGUAAGGACCAUGAACGAGGCAGCUCUGUAGCUAACCUGCGGGCGGCACUAAUGAGCAAAAACAGCCUAUUGUCUCUGGGGACAGAGAUGCUUAGUGAGGGAAACCCCCUGCUGUUUGACUACUUACCUAAAGGAGGACAUUCACUCUCCCUAAAUGACUUUACAGUUAUCAGGAAAAAAUUCAAGUGCCCAUACUGCAGCUUCUCCGCCAUGCACCAAUGUAUCCUGAAGAGGCAUAUGCGCUCACACACAGGCGAAAGGCCCUAUCCCUGUGAAAUCUGUGGCAAGAAGUUCACUCGCCGUGAGCACAUGAAGAGGCACACUCUGGUCCACAGUAAGGAUAAAAAGUACGUGUGUAAGGUCUGCAGUCGGGUCUUCAUGUCAGCUGCCAGUGUAGGCAUUAAACAUGGCUCCCGUCGUCAUGGCGUGUGUGCAGAGUGUUCAGGCCAUGGUAUGGCGGCCCUGCUUGACCACAACGGUGAGGACGAAGAUCUACUCUAUCCUGGCAAUCAACGCUUUACUGAUGAUGGAGAAGAAGAAUUGAUGCCUGAGCUGAUGGGGGAAGUGGGUGAAGAAGAAGAGGGCACCAAGUGGCCAGGUAACUCAGGUAUACCACCACGCGAUGAAGAUGGCACAGAUGAUGCCAAGGAUGAAAGUGAUUCUGCACAAGAAGGCGAAACCAGAGCAGGCAGUGAAAAAGACUUUACCUGGAUUUCCUAGUUAAAUGCCAAGAGCCUGUUUCUAAGUCUGAAGCACCUGCUGAGGUGUGUGUCGAUCUGAGGUGCCAGUGUCAUAUCACUAUGUGUAAAG